AGGCAUCCUGCGAGGCAUCCUGCGAGGCUUCACUCGGGGCAGCAGCAGCCCAGCGGAGCCGAGGAGGAAAUAAGGAGCCCAGAUAUCACCAGAUCGUUUAGCUGUGAGCUAACUGACGCGUUUGUUAGAGGUUACAUAUUAUCACAUAGAGGUGAAUUAACUGCUUAACAUCACAACCACUGUCCUCGUUUUGCUCGGACACAACAUUUGGCGUGUUGUCUUGGUAGCUAAGGUUAAAGUUAAAGCUACAUUGCCGCUACGUGGUGGCUGCUAACGAGGUAUUUAAUGCUAAGCUACCGCAGCUAGCAGCUACAACACAACACGGUGAACAUCCAGCUGGUUGAGGAGGAUCAGGAUGCUGGUUGACUAACGUUGACGGAGGAAUCUCCUUGUUAAUCUGCAGACCAUCGUUGUCAGCUAACAUUAGAGAGCUGUCUGGAAACACUGGGCUUCUGUAAAGCCAUGGCAGAUGAAAACACACAGUUCUGUGGCAAUUGCAAACAUGACAUUCCAGACGCUAAUUUCACCACCCAUGAGAUCCACUGCCGAAGAAACAUCGCUCUGUGUGAUGUGUGCCAGGAACCAGUGCCCAGGUCAGAUCUGCAGGAGCACAAACAGCAGGAGCAUACUCAGAUUACUUGCAAGUGUGGUUUGAAGAUUGAGAAGAAUCAUUUUGAUGUUCACCAGAGCUCUCAAUGUUCUCAGCGGCUGGUCCCGUGCCAAUACUGUGACUUGGAGAUUGUUUUCAGUCACUCCAAAGAACAUGAGGAUUAUUGCGGCACACGCACCGAGCCCUGCUUACACUGCAAGUGCAAUGUAAUGUUGAGGGAACAAGCUGUGCAUCCGGUCUUAUGUGGAAGCCUCACACCGCCCCAAGAGAGGAACAACAGCCGGACAAGUCGCAGUCCAGUAGACCCACAGCCUCCAGGGGCAUGGUUUGAGGCCCACUCCAUCCGAAACCUCCUAAGAGCCCAAGAGAGAGGCCCAAAGAAUAAUAACAUCAGUGCAGCAGAACAACAGGCCUUUCCUCGGCCAUUUGAUCCUAGAGAAUAUAACACAUCAAGGGGACCUCAAGGCCAAGCAGACUGGAAGAAUACUGCCCCAAGAAAUACAUUUAGCCACUUGUUGGGGCAGACUGAUUUCCUGAAUAGCAGCAGCAGCAGUAGUGCGUGGCCACAGAGCGAGCUCUCACUGGGUGAGGAUUCAUCAGGCCUGGACUACAUGUUGGCUCUCAGCCUGCAGAGUGAUGGAGAGUCGGUUGCUGGAGGCGUAGAGGGAAACCUGUGGAGCGGUAUCUGGGAACACAAGAUCGGGAAGACGUCCAACACCUCAAUAAGCUCUCCACUCUCUCCGCCCAACAACAACUACCCAAACUUCACUACAAGCACAAGUGCAGUCCAGGAACUUGAUCAAGCAGAUACCAUGCUGCCUUGUGAGUUUUGCGAAGAGCUGUUUCCUGAAGAGGACUUAAUUUUGCAUCAGACUGGAUGCAGCCCCGCCUCCGCCUUUGCGUCUUACAGCAAGCAGCCCAUAUCUCCACCUAAAGAGGACAGGAUGGGCAGGAACGCUUCAGGGCUGAUGCACAACGUCCCCGACACACUCGCUUCAAACAUCCCCACUUUCCCUCGGUCAGUCUCCCCGGCCUCCUACAGUCCCCCAGCCAGUCCACUAGAGGGCGAUGUGGUCAUUCCAUGUGAAUUCUGUGGCGUUGCUCUGGAGGAGGCUGUCGUCUUUCACCAUCAGGACAAAUGUGAUAUGCGUCCUCAGACUGCCCAUCCACUGAAUAAUCUAACAAAAGCAUCUGUCAAAAAACCAGUGAGCCCUGCUAAAGACGCCUUUGGUCAGAUGUCUCCAGAUUUUCAAAUGAGAAUGAAGCCCCAAGCUGACUUCUCGGAAGACUUUGGAUUCGGCAGAGACGCACCACUGGCAGUAAACCAAGGGGAAUGGCAGCAGAGAGGCUACAUUGGACGACCGAGUCAAAGAAAGACAUCCAACUGUGAUGCUUCUGUAAAGAACAGACCUCAGCAGGGCAGGGAAACAGAAGGGGCUCAGUCAUCUUUCUGUGACACCGAGAAGUCUGGUCCUGCACCUCUAAAGGGAGUACUUCUACCAGAAAAUAAAGAAGUGAGAGGGAACAGAAGAAAUUCAUUGACAAAGUUGCCCAAGAAGCAGAAUGAAGAGCAGCAGGAAGAGUGAGAGCAGAAACGUGGAGAAAUACAUAAAACCAAAUCUCCUACUCUGCUUUUCAUUUAUCUUCUUGCACACAAUGAAACAUAUACCUAUCUGAUAAGUGCCUGUGUGAGUAUUAGUUCAGUUCAUAUUUUAAUGAGUUUUACUAUUAAAGUCUAAGUAAUUUGGUUUAUUAAUGCAUAUUCCGCUUUAUUUCAACAUUUGUUUCAAAUGUUUUUGUCUAACAUCUAGCCUUAAGAGCUAAAUUAUAAGAUGAAAUUUAAUUUGAACUGUACAAGUCGUGUCAUGUCUCAUUAGGAACAUUGAGAACAUCAAACACAGACACAUGACUUUGUCGGUGUGCAUUUGUCUGACUUAAUCUUUACCUUGUUACUUCAGCCAAGGACAUUUUGUUUUCACCCGUUUGCCAGUUCUUUCGGGGUCUUUCACAGUGUUCCUGUUGGUUUCUGCAUCUUUAUGUAACCUAAAAGCACUUUGAUAGAUUAUUUUGUUAAAAAAGGGCUUGAGGAACAGAUUUGAUAAAUUUAUGCAUCUUUGACCACAAAAAAAACAAACUGUAUAAUUGAACAUUUGUCUUUUUAUACUGUUGAACAUUUGUCUUUAAUACUCUUCAGUAAAACUUUGAUUUUUUUUUUUAAUCAUAACUAUAGAAUUAUAUAUGUGGUGUUACGAUGAGAUGGCUUGUGAAGCAGUGUCUCCUGUCCAAUCUUCUUUUAAGUCGUAUGAGAAAUGUUGUGUGCUGCUUCUCCGAAUAAGAUUUAAGAUUGAUAAGAUGUAUUUUGUGUGUAACAUAGGGUCCACUUUAGCAAUACAUAUAAGAUAGGCAACCUUGUGCCACAGGUGGUUGAGCCCUUUUAACUAAAAACGUCAGAGCAUUCUCCUGAUUAACUUGUGAUAAUCAACCUCAACUAGUGAGGAGCAGAUAAUCGGUGAAAUCUCCUGCUGUGGUGUUUGGUUGGACUCUAGGACUCACGGCACAGGGCUGACUAUUCCUGUUUAAAAACAACUGUCUUGAUGCUCUUUGUCUUGUGCGGCUAUUAAAUGUUUAAUGACGACA